GAAGGAAGGAAGGAAGGAAGGAAGGAAGGAAGGAAGGAAGGAAGGAAGGAAGGAAGGAAGGAAGGAAGGAAGGAAGGAAGGAAGGAAGGAAGGAAAGAAGGAAGGAAGGAAGGAAGGAAGGAAGGAAGGAAGGAAGGAAGGAAGGAAGGAAACCAAAGUGCUUUGAUUGAAUUAUAGUCAGUAGAUAGUCAGAAGAGGUAAAAUUAAAGAUGAUUAAUUAGCAAUAUCAAAAAGAAAACUAUGUCCCAACAUGACUUGAAUUAUACAAGUAGUGCUAAGUGACUGGAUUCUAUUCUAAUCAUUCUAUGAUUCUUGUUCAACAUUCCCUUUUCUGUGUGGAAAUAAACUUGCAGUUCCAUACCUGACACAUGUUCUACACUAGGUACCCUCCUGUAACCAUUGCUUGGUAUCCAAGUGCCAUCUCCCCACCAUUACCUGGGGUUUGGAAGGGACACUUCAUCAAAGAGAAUUUACCACUGAGCAGCAAUUGCUGCUGCCUUGGGUGUGAGACUUUAGACUUUAAGGGGAGAGACAACUUUUGUUCUCACUCUUUCAUGCUUCUUUUAUGUUUGCCUUGGAAUCAAUCUCUCUUGGACUUUCUAUGGGGAGCUUCCUCUCUUCAGCAGCUCUUGUCAACCUGAUCAAGUGGUCAACUAGACCAGUACCACUCUCCUACCGGCUGCUGGAUGGUCAGGACACCCUCCCACCUGUUGUUUUCCUGCAUGGGUUGUUAAGCAACAAAAACAUCUUCCAGUACGAGGCUGAAACCCUGGCACAGAAGACGGGCAGAAAGGUACUGACAGUGGAUGCUCGGAACCAUGGAGAGAGCCCUCACAACCCUGACUGCAGCUAUGAGGCCAUGAGCGCCGACCUGCAGGAUCUCCUGCCAAAGCUGGGACUCACCCCUUGCGUCGUCAUCGGGCACAGCAUGGGAGGCAAGACAGCCAUGGUGCUGGCACUCCAGAAGCCAGAGCUGGUGGAACGCCUGGUCACGGUGGAUAUCAGCCCCUGGGACAGCCCAGACAUCUUUCAAAUCAUUUCAGCUAUGAAGCGGAUGAACAUCCCUGGAAAUCUUUCCCGCUCCGAAGCCUUUCAAGUAGCUGAGGAGCAACUGAAGCCAUUCAUCAGGAGUUCAACUGUUCGGCGGUACAUGUUCAACAGUCUGCUGCACGUCAACGGGCAGUAUUUAUGGACAGCCAAUGGUGAAGUCCUGUAUCAGCAAAAGCACAAGCUUCUGGGCUUUCCUCAGAUCCAAGGAGUCUAUCCGGGUCCCUCCCUCUUCCUCAGAUCUACCAAUUCCAAAUUUGUCCAACCAAGUCACUACCCCAAGAUCAAGCUCUUAUUCCCUGGAGCCCAGAUCCAGUCCAUUGACAAUGCUGGCCACAUCAUUCAUAUCAAAAAGCCUCAGGAGUUCAUGAAGAGUAUUCUAAGUUUCCUGUCCUAGGAGAUGUUCCCUCUCCUUCCUCCACCCUCCCACCUUCACUGUUUUCCAACUUUCAAACACUCAAAGAGCCCUGGGUACUUCUUGGAAUCUUUCUUUAAAAAAUAAUAUUUAUAUAAUUCAAAACUGGACAAACACCAAUCAAUAAGAACAUUUCUAUACACAAAGAAUAAGAGAAAAGAGUUGGAGAAAUUGUGAAUCUCUGUUAUGGACAGCUUUGAUUUGUAAAAGUCAUAUAAUAAAUUCAACAUGUUAAUUUCAA